AGUAGCUUUGACUAUCGCCAUGUUAACUCCCUUUUUUACAAUCAACCAGGAUGAGGAAUUCAUAUUCAUAGACGUCAAAAUUUCUCAUAUGCGUUUCAGCGCACAGAAUCUAGAGAUGAUUGUUGAUAAUGAGCUAUUCAUCUUCUCAUUAAGUCCAUAUUACUUGAGACUAAGACUACCAUAUGCCUGUGUUGACGAUGAAAGAUCACACGCAGAGUUUGACUCCAAGACAGAUUGCGUUAAGAUUAAGAUCCCUAAGGAAAUAAAAGGUCAGAAUUUUCCAGACUUGGACUUGACUGCAAAGUUAUUAGCAAGAUCCACCACUGAAGCUGACGAACCCUUAAUGACAGCAAUUGGUGAAGAUGCUCAAACUAAAGAUACUGAAAAACCACAAGGUCCGGCAAAGCCCCUUAUACAAGAGCUUGAUGUCGAUAAUGAUAUAUCGAAAUUAGACACUUUGAAGAAAGAUAUUGAAGAAGGUGAAAAAUUUAACUGGGAAGUAUCACAAACUGUACCCCAAAAAGAGAACGAGUUGGAAAUCGGGAACGAUGCUAGUCUCGAGAAAGUGAAGUAUGGAUUCAACAACCAGUAUGACGAAAUUGUUGGGGUAUCAAUGGCAAAUGGUAACGAUAUAAAUGAAUUAGGAGAUCCAGAAUCCACUGCCCUGACUGACCGUAUCAUUGAAAGGCUCAUCAAGGAAAAUAUUAAAUUUGAUCCAGAAUACUAUGCAGCAGAUUACAUAAUGGAGAAAUAUCCCGCUGAAGAUGAUGAUAAGAAUCUAAAAGGAUUGCUUGAGUGGAAAUCACCAACUACAAAAAAUUUCAUGAAAUGGUAUAAGUCACAACAAGAAAUACCAGCUGAGCAAAGACAGAACAUAAUGCCAGUAGAAUUCACCAAAGAUGAACAAGAGAAAAUGUUAAACCUUCCUAGAAAAUCAUAUAUACUUGAAGACAAUUACAAACCACAGCUAUUAAUGUUGAUAGUAUCUUUACUCUUUUCGUAUCAGUUUGAUCUUAGAGAGAAUGAAGGAGAUCAUAAUAUUGAAAGUGCAUGGACAAUUGGUAAACUAACUCCCCAAAUAUGCUUUUUAGAUUCUCAAAUUUCCAUACCGAAUGAAUUAAACAAUGAAAGUGCUUUGAAAGCUACUAUAAUAACAUGCAUUAGAAGAGCUCUUUCUUACCCGUUACAUAGAAACCAUUCGCUUAUCAAAAAAGUUUUGGAUGACGUUUAUUAUAAUCUACGUGGGGGUAAAAGAUUGAUUCUUAAAUCGCUUUUAGAUUUGAAAGAGCUAUUUAGAUUUCAUGAUGUAUACUACGUUUAUGAUAAAAUUUGGCUCGAAGAUUUGUCUUCUUGGAUUAUUAGUGAUCAGUUAUCCGAAGGAACAAUUAGAAACUUGUCCCAUGAUUUUAAAAAAGAGUACACCAGCUUGAAUAAAUCAGAUAUCACUUUCGAAAAGAUGGAUCAAGAUGAAGAUACUCAAAUGCAAACAGAAGACGAGGAAGAUGAAGAUAACAUGAUAGCCUUAAAUUUGGAAGAACUUGAACAAAUGGCUGAAUCCUCGUAUCAGCAAUAUAUGAUGCAGUAAUUGUAAUGCUACUACGUCGACACAAUCAUAGUAAGAUAAAGCCAAAAUCUAAAUCUGAACAAGGGCAAGGCUGCACUUUUGCUUUUCAAUAUAGCUUUUCAAUGUCAUAGCCUACAAACGAUAAUUC